AUGCAUUGCGCCCGGGGAGCCGUCGCUCUGCAGUCCUUGUCCUUGUGUCGGCGAUACCCGGUCGGGCAGCGUAACGCCCGCCCUGCCGGGUAUGCCAACAAUCGCAUCUUCAUCCUGCGAGGCCACGGCAGCGGCGGGAGCGUCCGACGAGGCGGGGGAAGCCAAACGGCGCGCGGAGGAGGCGGGAGGCGGUCUCGUGGCCUCUGCAAGGCCGGCGGAGACGACGCUAUCUUGGCCCGAGGAGUCUUGAUCGUUGUCUUGAAUGGUGUCGUGAAUAGCGGCGACCCCUAUACUUAA